UCCAUCUAAAGAAAAGCCAAGGAUAGGCCACAAGCCUGAAUGAGCAUACACUAAGUGACCAUUGUAUGUGGUCCAUACAUCGCCUGCAACUGGACACCUAACGGUCCACUCCCACAGUUUGUACCAUAUGGUCUUGUACUUUACUCUUUCGUGUCCUCUCUCUCACAAGACUCACCGACCUGAUAACGUAAGUAGACAACAUUUCCCAAUGUGUUUUGCUCAAAAGGAAAUUUUCCUGAAACUACAGUCUGGUCCUACAAUAAACUCCUACCGUAAUGUCUGUAAAAAACUAAAUGAACAGAGUGUUUAACAGUAUAUAUAACAGGCUACUAGUGGCAGAGGAGCUGUCAUUCAUACAGGACGUCCAUCCAUGUGCAUCACUGUGUGGGUGGGGGCGGGGGGCAUGAACUUGUAGGUAUUUUCUUUGUUUAAAUCAAUGUUAAAAAUCAAGUGAAGCAUGAAUUUUUUUAUUAUUAAAAAGGUUUCUUUUAAGGGGUUCCUUUUGCUCACCUGUCCCCCAAAUUAAUUAGACCCGCCCCUGACAUUAGCCUAUUUUGAUGAAUAAGUGAGAAGAAUAAACAAAUAAAAACAGAAAUGGUACUAUUUGAGCAGCCGAAUGUUUGGACCUGAAGUGAUGACACGAACAGUGUGAAGGCGUGGCCAUUUAAUCAAAGUAGUGGAGUUUUCAGUGAGGGCUGUGCGUCCUGGCUCCAGCUCAGUCACACACCAGUCUCUGUAGAUGCUGGAGCAGACACCGGACGGCGGCUGCGUGUUGGACAAAGAAACCUGGAUAUAAAACAAGGACGCACCAACGGGGUCGGCGCAUGUAUUUGCUCAAUUACUUCCAAUUUCUGCGUUCCCACCGCCGCGUCCUGCACCGUAACGGAUGCUGGAUGCGACCCACCCCGGUGUCAACAGCAGCUCACCUCUGACGGACGCACCAUGGAUGGUCUGGGCAGCCGCUGCAAGAUUGUGGUGGUCGGGGACACGCAGUGUGGAAAAACGGCGCUCCUGCAUGUUUUUGCCAAGGACUGCUAUCCAGAGUCCUACGUACCCACUGUGUUUGAGAACUACACGGCCAGUUUUGAGAUAGACAAGCAUCGCAUUGAGCUGAACAUGUGGGACACCUCAGGUUCCUCUUAUUAUGACAACGUACGGCCGCUGGCGUAUCCGGACUCAGAUGCCGUCCUCAUCUGUUUCGACAUCAGCCGCCCUGAGACUCUGGACAGUGUCAUUAAGAAGUGGCAGGGAGAGACACAAGAGUUUUGUCCCAAUGCCAAAGUGGUGCUGGUGGGCUGCAAACUGGACAUGAGGACAGAUGUCAACACCCUGAGGGAGCUGUCCAAGCAGCGGCUCAUCCCCGUCACCCACGAACAGGGGAGCACGAUAGCUCGACAGAUGGGAGCGGUGGCCUACGUGGAAUGCACCUCUAAGGUUUCAGAAAACAGCGUUCGAGAUGUUUUUCACAUCACCACGCUGGCGUCAGUGCAGCGGCCGCAAAAGCCGCAGCUAAAACGCAGCAGUUCUCGCAGGGGCCUGAAGAGAGUGUCACAACUGCCCCUGCCAGGACGGACUGAGCAAAUGGACCAGGCCCCCACCAUGAGGAAGGACCGAGCCAAGAGCUGCGUGCUCAUGUAGAGACUCGUUAUCACGAGCUGAAAUGAUGUAUAUACGUAAACACAGAAAUAUAUAACAAAAGAAAUUUAUUUAUUGCUUUUUUUUUUGUUGACUGCUUUUUUUUUCUCAUGUAUCAUUUUUGCACUGUAGAGGAGCUAAAACAAAUGCUUCACUAUGUCAUUUUUGUUGCUUAUCUGAAUUUUGUUUUCCCCUGUCUGUUUACAUAUUGGUGUUAUUUUGAAAAAAUUGGCAAAUCAGACUAAUGCUCUGGACAUCAGGAAGACGUGAAAGUGGACUCUCCUGGAUGUUGAAAUUGAUCAUUUUCCUGAAAUGGCACCAAAAAGUGGACGGUGAGGACAUUUCUGUUCGUGGUUAAAUUCACGUUAAAUCGGGACGUCUGUGGAUGUUGUAUUAAAGACUGUGUUGUCGAGCGAAGAGGACGACAGCGUGUCCAGCUGCUUCGUUGGACGUUCCUGUUUUCAUAUCUUGCUAAAAAGGGAUUAGGGGAAGUCUGACUGAAACAUUGGUAGGAAAUGAGAUUUUGUGACACUGAAUUAAAUAAAUACCUAAAGUGUGAUGGCCACAAGUGCUCUGUAGGAAAGACUAAGCCAAUCAGGUCUUAUUUUCUCCAUCCACCACUGUUGUGUCUUAUAAUUUUCCCAUAUUUUGUCCUAAUCCCCAGUUGACUGAUGGCCAA